AUGACCGUUUUUUGCUCAAUUGAUUUCAACCAGCUUUCUUGUGAAAACACAGAUCCCGGUUCCCCAAAGCGCAAUUACCCACCGUCGUCAUCUGGUACUACCAGGGUCUCCCAACGCACACCUUACAGCAGCGAAUAUGGUUCUUUCCCUGUCGCAUUCCAAUCGCUGCCCGGAACAAACCAGAUGGUGGAAGUCAUCGACCUUACACAAGAUUCUCCCCCUGCGCAGCCCGCCCCGAAGAAGAGCAAGCGCAACACCAAUGGAUCCGUUGAGGAGAAGCGGGGUACAACCUUUCGCAGAAGCGCAACACAAAGCUACCUCACUGUAAAGGAAAGGGCUCUUACGCAGCGCUUAACGGUGCUCUCGCGUGAGCGCUGCGGGAGCGACGAUACACCCGAAGAGAAAGUCAUCAUAGCAGGCACGACAGGCAAUGUCUACACAGUCCUGGUAGACCGCGAGCCGUCUUGCGACUGUCCGCAUGCGAAGAAGGGCAAUCAAUGCAAGCACAUUGUCUACGUCAUGCUGCGGGUGUUGAGGGCACGCGAGGAAAUUGCCUAUCAGUUGGCUCUCCUCAGCUCCGAGCUGCGUGAAGUCUUCCAGAACGCUCCACCAAUUCCAGGAGUCGGGACGAAUGGAAAGGACGGCACACAGAAGCAAGGCGAAGACGGCAACCGCAAACCUAUCGAGGGCGAAUGUCCAAUUUGUUACGACGAUCUUGACAACAAGGAGAACAUUGACUACUGUAAGGCUAGCUGUGGAAACAAUGUACACAGGAGCUGUAUGCAGAACUGGAAGGCUGCAUCCAAGGGUAAGACGACAUGCCCGUACUGCCGUGCCACAUGGCAGGAAGAUACAAACUUGCCGGGCAAACUUGGUGACAUAAACACCAAAGGUCUGGCGAGGAACGAGGAUGGCUACGUCAACAUCGCUCCUCAACUAGGCUUGUCCGGUGAAAGGGAUUACUCCACAUAUUAUUCAUAUUGGGCGCGAAGUCGCUCGGGCUACGGUGGAAGGAGAGGCGAUUACUAUUGA